UAUUUUUGUUUUCUAGAGACAUUAAAAUGAAGCCAGAUUUGGCCCUGGAUUGGAAAGGGCAUGCAUCUCAAACGUUCGAGUUCAUCGCGAAGUUUCAAAGUGACAAUCGGUUUUCUGAUGCUUUUCUCGCAGCUGGAGAUCUAGUCGUACCGGUGCAUCGGCUGAUUCUCUCAGCGUGUUCAGCAUUCUUCGAUCGAUUAUUUACCCGUGUGGAGUUGUCCACAACAACCCCUCGCACAGUCAUUACCGUAGAUGGCUGUCCAGAAGUUGUGGAAGCUGUAAUCGACUUUAUGUACACUGGCGAAGCCGUGGUUUCCUCAGAUAAAUUGGAGGAAUUCAUGCUCCUGUCUCGCCGGCUUGAGAUCCGUGGGCUUAAGGAAGGAACAGGUAACGAACGCCAAACCAAACUUACGACAGUUGUGGAGCCCGAACGAUCCCAAAUCGUUACAAGGAAAAGAGCAUUGUCAGAGGCGCAGGAUAAGGAACCAGUAACCCGAGAGUGGAGAACUACGCCCCGCCGUCGUCGUCGGAAACUUGCAAUACCAAGCAAAUCAGCAUCGUCUGCGCCUUCACAGGAAGUCACGAUUCAAUCUUGUUCCACAAAACUGGAAAACCUUGAUGCUGAAUUUACCACAGAAGAAAACUCUGCGAGCUGGAAUAAUGAAGACAUGCUCUCAUCGAAACUCGAAUUCGUAAAGUCGCAGCGUAAUGCCGAUAUUCUGGUCCUCGACGCAUGUCUUUUUUACCCCUUCCUAGAUGGUUCCAGUUGGCGUUGUGCUGACAACAAACGAUUUCCAUGUUACGGGAGAGUGCAUCUUGAUGCAACGAGAAGUGUUUGUCUCACGGAGGACCCAGGGCAUUCACAUCCUCCAAAUUUUGAAAGAGUAGCUGCCAAACGUGUAUACAGCAUGAUGAAGCAAGCUGUCGAAGAGACCCCGAUCCUAACAGAGUCAACCGAAGCAAUCCAGAGGUAUAUUGAGCAGCUUGGAGUUCCGCCUGAUGUUCUUGCACACCUUCCGUCUCCGACGCUCAUUCGCCGGAAAUUAAGGAGGUAUUGUGCUUACAAGUGGGGAACCAAAGAUGACGACAAUUCAAGCGAUGAGCAAUGUGGUCAUGAUUGCAAGUUGAAAGAAGGGUCAACUACUCAUUCAUGUCAGCGUCGAUUAUUUCUCGGCGAAGGUGAUCCUAGUGAAGAGGACCUGAAACGAGUCCAGGAAAUCAAGGGAAUGCAAGUGACGGAAAUGCGAGAAAUUCUGGGUAAAACGAAAGGUUUUCUCAAGGCUCUUGAAGCUCCUGAACAGAGUUUGGUCGAGGCUCAGAAGCAAAUGGAGAGCUUGCGUCUUCGAAGAGCCACACUCGAUCGACGCGCUAGUAUCGGAAUCAGGGAUAUUGACACGAUCGAACGGGAGCGACAGAAUUGUAAUAUGGAGCGUUCCCUGAUUGAACGUCAAACACAACUUUUGAAGAAGAAAAUUCGAGAUGCUCGGAAGGAGCGGGGAGAGCUUGAGAAAAAGUGUAGGACGUUGCGGAACAAAAUUCUCGAAAAUAAGCAGUCUCUAGAACGAAAGAUGUGUAACUUGCUUGAGAACGCGGUGUUUGUGUUGCAACUGAGUGUUGGGGACAAAAAUGAAAAUCGAAUCAUUUCAUUCCCCAACGGAGACGACAGUGCAGGAGUGUUCCCCGCUUUGAAAGCUAAAGUUUUGACCUGGGCUCCGGGUUUGACUGAAAAUGACUUUAAUAUCGCGUGGAAAGAUGAAGAUGGAGACAUCAUAGUUAUCGGCUCAGCUGACGAGUUAAAGUCCGUGCUGGAUUUGAUACCGCAAUCGACGGAUUUACGGCCUCGGAAAGUGAAACUCCUGGUAUUGCCGGUGGAUACCGAAAAGAAGAAAUGCAGCGCGGAAACCGUUGUGGAAAACCGAGAGGAGUGCAUUGGAGAAGAGCACAUGAAUGUCAUUUGUGAUGGGUGUAACCAACGUGUUCGUGGUUUCCGCUACAAGUGCCUCGUGUGUCCGGACUACGAUUUGUGCCAGAAAUGCGAGGCUAGUGGAAAGAUACACGCUGCGCAUCAAAUGCUACGUGCUCCACUGCCAUUGCUUGCUACAGACCCUCGUGCAAACCCGGCUGGUCCUUUCAUGGUGGUGCGGAAAUCGGGCGGAGUUUUGGAAUUGGAACAACGGGGAAACGAAAGGGCUGAUGAGCGGUGCCUCGUGUGUCCGGACUACGAUUUGUGCCAGAAAUGCGAGGCUAGUGGAAAGAUACACGCUGCGCAUCAAAUGCUACGUGCUCCACUGCCAUUGCUUGCUACAGACCCUCGUGCAAACCCGGCUGGUCCUUUCAUGGUGGUGCGGAAAUCGGGCGGAGUUUUGGAAUUGGAACAACGGGGAAACGAAAGGGCUGAUGAGCGGAAUGUUGACGGAUGCAAAUUCCGGAUGGACUCUUUCCGCGUUCCCCAAGAACAGGUGGGGAAUAUGCUGAAAAAUUUCUGGACAGCCCUUAGUGUCGUCGGCUUUGAUUCGGACGGCGAGGAUGAAAAAGAUGAGCGAAAAACGGAGGCCCUUGCGAAAGAGGCACCGUCAACUAUCCACUCAGAACAGCGCAAUGACGUGAUCCCGGAAGCAGAAGUUUCGUCGAGUGACUCGUCUGAAAACGCGGAAGGAAGUUCGGAUACGACGCUCUCUAUGGGCGAGAAGGAAACGGAAGAACAACGUGCGGGUGCUGUUUCCGGAACUGCCGUUGUUGCUUUGAAUGACGAAGAGAAGUCUGUAGACGCCGAAGUUUUAGUCUUGGAUGACGAAGAAGAGAAAUCUCAAAGGACAUUAAAUGCGGAAGGAAGUUCGGAUACGACGCUCUCUAUGGACGAGAAGGAAACGGAAGAACAACGUGCGGGUGCUGUUUCCGGAACUGCCGUUGUUGCUUUGAAUGACGAAGAGAAGUCUGUAGACGCCGAAGUUUUAGUCUUGGAUGACGAAGAAGAGAAAUCUCAAAUCGAGGAUGGGGAUUGGACUGAUUUGGUCGAACCAAAUGAAGCCGUUUCUGAAAACUUGAGCGAUGCAGUGAUGAAAUGCCUGAAAAUCAUGAAAGAAUUGGGAUUUACGGAUGAAGGCGGCUGGCUGACGGAGUUGCUGAAGCACAACAAUGGGGAUUUGAAUAAGACCCUCGAUCAACUGGAAGCGAGUGGAGGCAUUGGCCGUGAGGGACAUUGAUGAAACUCGCAAAAAAAGUUUUCUUUUUUCCUUCUGCGCUUUGGAUGAGAGUGAAAUUUCUCCUCGGCACUGAACGAAAGUCAUUCGGACUGGGAUGCAACUUCUGAAUCGUCUGUUGUUUGAGCCAGAUACGUGCAGUUGAGACUUGACAUUUCAAUGUAAUUGACGUUUCUCUGUUCGUCCUUGCUUGAAUGUUUUUUUUGUAAGAAUUUUGUUUUCGUGCAAGUGUGAACGGCAGAUUUUUAUAGCUUCCGUUUUGAUUUUGGGUUAUUGCUUUUUCUCAAGUUCACGCCCGAUCUUACUUCCUGGAAUUUCAAGCAGGUGUCCCCUGAAUGUAAAAGUUGACCAGAAUAUAACCUGGACUGACAGAAAACUAUCUUCGGUUAUCCUAAUAAAAUCUAUGUGACCUAACCUGAAUUUAAGUGACAUGAACGAAAUUAAAAGCAACCAGAUUCAGGCGACACCUGUAUGGAAGGACAAACCGAAAAGUUGAGAAGAUCGGGCGCUUGAGGGAAAUUAACUAUGACUUGUUCGCCAUUGAGCUGAUGACAUACUUUUUGUUACUCGGUCAAGUUUUCUAACGUUGAUCUGCAAAAGUUCGUUGUCCGGAACAACGUUUGAAUUCGACUGUACCGAACUUGAACUUCUCAUUCGAUCCUACAUGGGUGAUUGCGGAGUAUUGUGAUGUAUCUGUGGUAUGGGUUUUCGUGAUAGCUGAGGCAUUUGCGGUUAUCACGGCUGUUUGUUAGUGGCAUACAAAGGAGGGAAUAGUAAGAAACGACACAUUAAAGUGUAUAUAGUGUAUAGA